UUGGAUGAGUAUAUUUUAAUUGGAUUACAGCCCUUUGUCAAUUCUGUGUUUUCUCUUUUUUUUUUUAUAAUUUCUUCAUCUAUUUUCUCUCUUUUGAAAAACCAACCAUGUCCUUGAACGUAUCCGAUCCCGCUCUGACUGAAGCCUAUGAUGAUGUUAGAGAUGACAAGACAGAAACCAACUGGGUGUUUUUCGACUUCGCAGAUGGUAAGCCUGACCGUCUUAGAGUUGCAGGUUCUGGUAGCGGUGGUCUUUCUGAAUUCGUCAGUCAAUUAAAACCCGAAGUUGCCGGAUGGGGUUACAUCAGAAUGAACAUGAGUAACGACGAAUAUUCCCAACGUAUCAAGUUUGUUCUCGUGCCAUGGUGUGGUGAAAAGGUUGGAAUCAUGCGUAAAGCCAAGUUAUCCAUUCAAAUUUCGGACGUCAAGAACAUUUGUCGCAACUUUCAUAUCGAAGUCCCUGCUUCACACACUCAUGAUUUAAGUGAAGACGAAGUUAUGACUAGACUCAGACGUGCUGGCGGUGCCAAUUAUGAUAGACAGUCAAGUGAUUAUUAGAUUUAAAUUAGAUAUUAAAUUUACACCAUUCUUUAAAUGU